AUGACCUUUGAGUUAGAUACGUUAAGUUAUACACUAUUAGCAAGUAUCGUAGGCGCUGCUGCUUUACUCUCUGCUCGUAAUUCAAAAUCAUCUGAUAUUCACCCUUUAUUACUCAAUACACAAUCGGAUGUCUCUCGCCUUCGCCAUCCUGGAGAAAGCGCCAUUUAUCGUUCGAGAAUGUAUCCCAUGAAUUCACCUUUGUGCUCCACAUUUGAGCGAAGUAUUCGUACUCUGGCUGAUUUUUAUAAGGAAGGUGGCUUCAAGAAGCAUGGCAACGCUGACUUUUUAGAGCAAGAGGGUGGAUAUACUUCCUAUGAGACAAUUAGAUCAAAAGUUGAGCGCGUCUAUCAAGGUCUUCGCUCAGUAGCCAAACUCGUUCCUCAAUCAAAGGAUGAAAGCUCAUUUGUUGGUAUCUACGCUAACAACUCUUAUCACACUGUGUUGACAGAAAUAGCCUGCCAUAUGCAUGGGCUUGUCACUGUGCCAAUCCUAGCUUCGUAUCUCUCUCAUAUUCUCGAAAAAACUAAAUUGAGAGUAUUGGUAACAGUUGAAAGUCAUCUGCGCGAGGUUUUGAUUCACGUGAGCGACAUCCCCACUUUGAAGCAUAUUGUUGUUGUCGGCAAUAUAUCUGAAGCAGAUAAAGAUAAAGCCGUAAAAGCCGGAAUUGAACUGAUAACAUUUAAUGAAUUGGAGCAAAGAGGAGCCGAUGAGAGCUAUGAUGAUGUCCAAGUUGUUCCUAAUGAUAUUGCAAGCAUUUACUUUAGCUCAGCAAACGAAAAAUCCAAGCAUGGCGUUGUAUUGACCCAUAAAAACUUGCUAUCAAGCAUCUCAUCAUAUCUAUCAAUUGUUCCUCCAGCACAAAGAUUUUCAUCAAAAGAUCGCUUAAUGGUGAACCUAUCUAUAGAUAAUGUCUUGAGAUACGUCUUGACAGCAGUAAUCAGUUUUGCUGGAGGUUCUAUCGUAUUUGGAUCUCAGUCAACCGAUUCAAACGAUGCUGACAUUCUAUCUUAUCUUUCUAUGAUACCUCAGCAUAAGCCAACUAUCUUUGUCAGCAACUCUUGGUUAUUAGGACAAGUAAGACAUCUCAUUGAGUCCCGCUAUGGAAAGUCAUUUUUGUAUAAGCGUGGAUACGAUGCAAAGAAAGAAUAUCUUGAAGAAAGUCGAUUAGUGAAUGAUUGCAAAUAUGAUAUGUUAGUAUUUAGAAAUAUUCGACAAACUAUGUUUGGAGGAAACUUGCGGUUGAUUUACAUUGACAACGACGAUAACUCUGAUCCAACCUUGGCUACCUUCUUGAGAAUUGUUUUAAGCACUCAAGUGAUUCAAACUUUCAACUUGCCAGAGACGUCUUCUUCUAUUACUGCCUCUAUGUUUUUUGAUUAUAAUGCCUUGCCUGAAGCUAGAGGUGCGCCCUUACCAUGUAAUGAGAUUAAAUUGGUGGAUCAACCAGAACGUGCAUUGACAGCAGAAGAUAAGCCUAAUCCUCGUGGAGAAAUUUGGGUUCGUGGAAAUAAUGUAUUUGCGGAAUACUACAAGGAUGAGCAAGCAACCUCUGACGUGAUUGAUUCAGACGGUUGGUUCACGACUGGGUACCUUGGUGAAAUGUUGCCGAAUGGAACAUUAAAAGUGCUUGAAAAGAAAUAA